AUGAGCGAGGGGGCUGCCGGCGCCGCGGCGCCCGGGGCGGCGGAGGCGGCGGCGGGGGGCCCGGGCGGGGAUGGGGCCGGGGGGCCGCCGCGAGAGCUGCGCUGCAGCGACUGCAUCGUCUGGAACCGGCAGCAGACGUGGCUGUGCGUGGUGCCCCUCUUCAUAGGCUUCAUCGGCCUGGGGCUCAGCCUCAUGCUGCUCAAGUGGAUCGUGGUGGGCUCCGUCAAGGAGUACGUCCCCACCGAGCUGAUGGACGCCAAGGGCGUGGGGCAGGACCCCUUCUUCCUCUCCAAGCCCACCGCCCCCCCCCGCGGCGCGGAGACCACCGCCGCCGCCACGCCGCGGCCGCCCAGCCGUGUCAGCCCCCGCCUCACCACGAUGAGCCGGGCCCCCCCGAGGCCCCCCGGCACCCGCGGCCCGGCGCGGGGCGGCCCCAGACCCACGGUUCCCCGGCAGCCCGCCGCGCCCCACACGGCGCCGCCCGCCAGCGGCCCCCCCGGCACUGCCGGCCGCGCCGGUCGACCGCCGCCCGCCGCCCCCAGCACCCCGCCGCUGCCCGCCUGGCCCACUGCGGCACACGCUACCUCCUCCUACAAGAUCUACGUCCACGACUCGGCGCCCUCCUGGACCUUGUCUCCCUUCCAGGAAUCUACCACUACUACGCCGGAGACCACCACGACCCCCAAAAUCCAUACUACAACGUAUUCCACUGAGCGAUCUGAGCACUUUAAGCCAUGCAAAGACAAGGAUCUUGCAUACUGUCUCAAUGAAGGGGAAUGCUUUGUGAUUGAAACCUUAACAGGAUCACAUAAACACUGCCGGUGCAAAGAGGGCUACCAAGGAGUCCGCUGUGACCAAUUUUUGCCGAAAACCGACUCAAUCUUGUCAGAUCCAACAGACCAUUUAGGAAUUGAAUUCAUGGAGAGCGAAGAAAUUUACCAGCGCCAGGUGCUGUCUAUUUCCUGUAUCGUCUUUGGCAUAGUCGUAGUGGGCAUGCUUUGUGCAGCGUUCUACUUCAAAACAAAGAAACAAACAAAGCAAAUUCAUGAACAGCUGAAAGAAACGCAGAAUAGGAAAACCUACAGCCUAAAUGCUUCUAGCAUGAUGGCAAAGUCAGAGUGUAUGGCACAAAGCCGAGUCCAGCUGCAAAAUUACUCCAAAACAGAUAGGCAUCCUGGGCCUGCUCUGGACAAAGUCAUGGAGUCCAGCUUUUCAGGUCCUCAGUCUUUCCCAGAGGCUUUGUCUCCUGACAGAGGAACUCAGCCCAUCAAGCAGCACAGAAGUCUCUCUUCAUGCUGCAGUCCAGGACAGAAAAGUGGGAUGCUACAUAGAAAUGCCUUUCGGAGGACUCCUCCCUUACCUCGGGGUAGGUUCAAUGGGAUUACAGGACCAGCAUAUCAACAGCUAGAAGAGUCCAGGAUCACAGAGCAGGACACAAUACCUUGUCAUGGGUAUUCAUCUAGUGGUUUAAAAACUUCUCAGAAUACUUCAAUAAAUAUGCAACUGCCUUCAAGAGAGACAACCCCUUAUUUUAAUAACGUGGAUCAGAAGGACUUGGUCGGAUACUCAUCUUCAAGGGCCAACUCAGUUCCCAUCAUCCCAUCUGUGGGCUUGGACGAAGCCUGCAUGCAAAUGCAAAAUGUUUCUGAAGUAACAGGCAUCAAAUGGUGCAAAAACUCCUAUUCAGCUGAACUUGUCAAUGUGAGUUCCCCUGUCAGUAAUUGUCUUAUAGCAGAACAACAUGAAGUGAAAAUAUUGCUAGAAACUGUGCAGGAGCAGAUUCGGAUUCUGACUGAUGCGAGGAGGUCGGAGGACUUCGAACUGACGAGCGUAGACGCGGAGAGCAGCGCGAGCGAGAACACCGCGUUCCUGCCUAUGAGCCCUGUGGCCAAGGCAGAUCGAGAGGCACAAUUUGUCUUAAAAGGUGAAACACAAAGAGACUCAGUGUUGACCAAGUGACUUUGUGUGGGGGUCGCAGGAGGGGGAAUAACAGA